AUGGCAUGGUGGAAGGCCUGGAGUGAAGCAGAGGGCAAGUCCGUGACAGGUGCUUUAAACUUUGACCCCACUCCUGAUGCUCAGACUCUAUAUAAAGCCAUGAAAGGGCUUGGGACUGAUGAACAAGCUAUAAUUGAUGUCCUAACCAAGAGGAGCAAUAUGCAGCGCCAACAGAUUGCCAAAUCCUUCAAAGGACAGUUUGGAAAGGAUCUGAUUGAAAGCCUGAAGUCUGAACUGAGUGGUGACUUUGAGAGGCUUAUUGUAGCUCUCAUGUACUCCCCAUUCAAGUAUGAUGCUAAGGAGCUCUAUGAUGCCAUGAAGGGUGUGGGAACAAGUGAAGGUGUUAUCAUAGAGAUCCUGGCAUCCCGGACAAAAGCGCAGAUCAAAGAGAUAAUCAAGGUGUACAAAGAAGAAUACGGUUCUGAUCUGGAAGAAGACAUAAAAUCGGAAACAAGUGGUUACCUUGAACAGAUGCUGGUUUGCCUUCUUCAGGGUGAGAGGGACAAUGCCACUCUCUACGUGGACACAGCACUGGCUCUCCAGGAUGCAGAGACUCUCUAUGCUGCUGGGGAGAAGAUACGGGGCACUGAUGAGAUACAGUUCAUCACCAUCCUCUGCACAAGGAGCGCCACACACUUGCUGAAAGUGUUUGAAGAAUACCAGAAACUUGCUGGUAAGAGCAUAGAAGAUUCUAUCAAGAGUGAAACUCAUGGUUCACUAGAAGAUGCCAUGCUGGCUAUUGUGAAAUGUACAAGGAAUGUCCAUUGCUACUUUGCAGAGAGGCUGUACCAUGCUUUAAAGGGGGCUGGCACCGAUGAUGGAACUCUUAUAAGGGUGAUUGUUUCUCGAAGUGAAGUUGACUUAAAUCUUAUAAAGGUUGAAUUCAAGCAUAUUGCAGGAAAGUCUCUCUCCAGCAUGAUUCUGGAUGACACCAGUGGCGAUUACAAGACAGCCUUGCUAAGUCUCUGUGGCAGUGACUGA